UGUUGCUGACACUGAAGUUCCUAUCUUUUAGCAUUUCAAUCAUUACAUUAUUUACGGGUGGAAGUGAAGACAGAUAGCUACUGUAAUGUUUGAAAAGUUGAGUGACACAGGUGUACUUGUAAAGGACAGGAACCUAUCAGCAUCCUAUCAGGCAAGGUUCUACCAAACACAAUAGGACGCACAGUCUUUUGAAGCUGUAACAUCUGACCCUACCCUGUCAGUUCAGGGUAAAGAGAGUUCUAGGACAGAGGGGUGCAAUUAGCUGUAGAUAAGCUAAGUCACAGAAGAGGACACAGAUUGUGUUCAGAUAGCGAGAUCACACACGUGGCGCACCACAUGUGUGAAGAGCUGUCCUUGCUUCACAGAGCUGAGCAGGGAACACAACUCUUAACUAUUGCCACUGGAACUGACCCCGCUCUGGUGGAGACACGGACACACUCGGACUGCACCAGAGAAUGGCCCCUCGGCCAGAACUUGAGGAUAGCUCAGGGGACAUGCGGAAAGACGUCCCUAACAUGAAUGAGGAGAAGGCUGUGUCCAUUGGCGCUGCACACUCUACAGUGGCUCUUAUUGAGGGUGAGCAGGAGCAAGAUGACCCAUGGGACCUGCCCGAGCUCCAGGACAACGGGGUUAAAUGGUCAGAUCUGGACACCAAAGGAAAGAUUAAGAGGGUGGUAAUCACAGUAGGGAAGUUCAUUCUUCUGAUUGGUUGCCUCUAUGUGUUUGUCUGCUCAUUGGAUAUCCUCAGCUCAGCAUUUCAGCUUGUUGGAGGGAAGACAGCAGGGGAUAUUUUCCAGGACAAUGCAGUGCUCUCCAACCCCCUGGCAGGCCUGGUUAUCGGAGUGCUGGUCACACUACUGGUCCAGAGCUCUAGCACCUCGUCCUCCAUAGUGGUCAGCAUGGUGUCUUCCGGAUUGUUGAAGGUGCCCACAGCAAUUCCUGUGAUCAUGGGCACUAACAUUGGGACAUCUGUUACGAACACUGUCGUGGCAAUGACCCAAGUUGGUGACAGGAACAAGUUCCGAAGGGCUUUUGCUGGAGCCACAGUGCAUGAUUUUUUCAACUGGCUUUCUGUCCUGGUGCUGUUGCCACUGGAAAUUGCUACAGGGUACAUGUAUAAAGUCACCGGGCUCUUGAUUGAUGCCUUCAACAUACAGAGUGGAGAGAAUGCUCCAGAUUUGCUCAAUGUCAUCACAGACCCAAUCACCGAAGCCAUCAUAGUGCUGGAUAAAUCAGUUAUUAGUGGAAUAGCUACUGGUGACCCUGCAGCAAAGAAUAAGAGUCUCAUCCUGAUUUGGUGUGACACCUUCACAAAUACGACCCUGAUGAACACGACAGUGCCAAGUGUGCUGAAUUGCACAUCUCCAUCUCUCUGUUGGACAGAUGGCAAUCUGGUUUGGACUAUGAAAAAUGUAUCCGAGACCUUCAAUGUCAAAAAAUGCCGCCACAUCUUUGUGAAUGCCAAUCUGUCUGACCUGGCGGUGGGUUUGAUCCUGUUGGCUCUCUCGCUACUGGUGCUCUGUUCCUGCCUCAUCAUCAUUGUCAAGCUUCUGAACUCCAUGCUGAAGGGCCAGGUAGCAGUGAUCAUCAAAAAGAUCUUGAACACAGACUUCCCGUUCCCCUUUGGAUGGGUCACAGGCUACAUUGCCAUUUUGGUUGGUGCAGGCAUGACCUUCAUCGUCCAGAGCAGCUCGGUGUUCACCUCUGCCAUCACCCCACUAGUUGGAAUUGGAGUCAUCAGUAUUGAGAGAGCAUAUCCUCUGUCAUUGGGUUCAAAUAUUGGGACAACAACCACAGCCAUUUUAGCAGCUAUGGCCAGUCCUGGGGAAACACUGGCGAACUCAUUGCAGAUUGCUCUUGUGCAUUUCCUGUUUAACAUCUCAGGCAUACUGCUGUGGUACCCAAUACCCUUCACCCGUGUGCCAAUCCGGCUGGCCAAGGCACUGGGUAACCAAACGGCGCAGUACCGCUGGUUUGCCGGCGUCUACAUCCUUUCCUGCUUCUUUUUCAUCCCGCUGUUCAUCUUCAGUCUCUCGCUGGCUGGCUGGCAGGUCCUGGUCGGGGUGCUUGUUCCCAUUGUGGUGCUCAUCCUCUUUGCCAUCGUGGUGAACGUGCUUCAGGCGCGCCGGCCGCAGUGGCUGCCGUCAUGCCUGCGCUCCUGGGACUUCCUGCCGCUCUGGAUGCACUCCCUGGAGCCCUGGGACCGCGUGGUUUCCUGGAUGCUGGCUCACUGCUGCUGCUGCUGCAAGUGCUGUCAUCUGAAAACGGCUGACGAGGAGGAGGCGGGGAAGGAAGGGAAGGACGUUCACCCUCUGGACAACGCCGUGAUGAACGGCAAGGACGAUGCAGCUGCAAGCAUCCCCCCCAUCAUCAUCAGAGCCACAUCUCUGUAAAAGAGAUGUGUUGUUUGUUGAUAAUUUAUAACUGGGCUAUAAUGACUUUAUAUUGUCAUAUAUAGUGGGUUGUACUGCAUCAUUUUUAAUGAUAAAUAAUGUUGUAAAGUGCCUGUCCUGGUGAACUAAACUAAAAUGCCAUCAGUGUGAAACUGAAAGAGUUUAACAGUGCCAUGGGAUAUUCCUGUGUUCAUGUCAGAAGGAUGUGUUUGAAUUCAACUGCAACAUUACAGAAUACCAUAUAUCAGUCUCAGCUGGACUUAUGCCCAUAUUGCAUGGGCAGUACAUCAUGUAUUUUUAACUAAAUUGUUUAACAUUAGAAUGGAAUAUGAAGCACUUAUAACAAUAUCCUCUUAUCAAUGUCUUUUAUAAUAGAGGAAAUAUAUUGUAAAUAAGUAAGCAUAAAACCAAUACAUGAUAUACACUGAACUUGAGAAAUAGGAGUAAUUAUGGUAAACCUUUGCCUUUGAUAACUUGUUGAUAAUUUAUUACUUAAGAUAUUAAUUUAUUUAACAAUGCAAUAUUUCUGUCAGUGCAUUGUUUCAUAUUUAUGUACUCUUCUGGGAAGAGUAAAGCAAAUAAAACCUUACUGAACAUGACAUAUAUUAUUUGGGUUUUUCUGUGUGUGUACUUAAAGCCACACAGAACUACCUACUAUAUAUGCUAAUGCUACUCUGAAUAAACUCAUCAACUUCA